AUGGCCUUCAUUGAACUGAAAUGGGGCUUGUUUCAGGCCAAGGCACUAGUCAGCUCUUUGCUGGUCCUCCUGUGUCUGCACACAACCACAGGAAUGUCAGGGUGGGGUGGAUGUUUUGAUGGUCAGGAUGUAUUUGCAACAAUCAGAGAAAACAGCCAAUCAGGAGAAGUUGUUGCUGAGCUCAUGGCUGAGACCACAAUGGAAGGGGUUCACUGGAGCCUGGAUGGAAAAGAUGCGGAUUGGUUCUUCUUGGACGAACGAAGCAUCCGGCUGAACACAUCAGCUGACAAGGUCCUUGACCAAGAGGCUCAGGGGCCCAUUCUAAUGGCUGAGUUGUCAUGCUAUGAGGAUGACACACUUCAGAGUGUGUACAGGAUCAUGGUGGAAAUCCUCAAUGAGAAUGAUAAUUCCCCUGUGUUUGCAGAAGACACUAUCCAGUCUCUUAUUAUCAGUGAAUUGACUCCAGUGAAUACUUUGGUGUUUACUGUCCAGGCUACAGAUGCUGAUAAUGACAAGAUAAUUUACUCAAUUGACCAGGCAUCACCUGAUGCAGAGUACUUCAAGGUUGAUCUCCCCAACAGCGGAGAAGUGAUCCUGUCCAAGCCUCUUGAUUAUGAGACCAAAACCCUGCUCACCAUCACCAUCCAUGCCUCAGAAAUGAGCACUGUUGAGCGCUACAAUACCAGCACCAACAUCACCAUCACUGUCCUGGAUGGAGAUGACCAGUACCCACAGUUCCUGCCCUGCACGCUGCUUUUCCAGGAUGAGAGCAGUUGCAUCUGUACCAGCCCUGUGUACACAGUCAACAUCACAGAGGGGGACGAGGACAUUGUGCUGGACUUCUCUCCUGGUCCCAUUCAUGCAGUGGACGGAGACAGAGGAAUCAGCUCUCCGCUCAGUUAUGCCAUUCUCUCAGGAGAUGAUGAAGGGCGUUUCCUGAUGGACAGAGUAACAGGAGAGAUGAAAUUGAUUCGGGGGAUUGGGGACAAACUCAAAACUCCAGAGGUGCAUCUGCAGGUCAUGGUGUAUCAGGACGACGAUCCCAGGAAGUAUUCUGUUGCUACAGUGUUGGUCCGAGUUCUGGCAGUAAACCAGUUUCAUCCAGAGUUUGACACGACUGAAUAUCACGGCUUUGUAACUGCCGGAAAGAGCCAUGUUUCUCUGGUCAAUACCUAUGGCAGCAAAGCCCUGAUGUUACAUGUACAAGAUCAAGACUUCGACCAUGGUUCCAAUCCCAAGAUCCACUUCAGCAUUAUUCCAUCAUCCAAUCACACUGAUAUCUACCAGAUCACAAAGGAGGGUCUUUUGAUUGCCAGGACCAAUCAACUCCAACCAAAGCAGAAACACAUUCUAGAGGUAAUUGCUACAGACCAAGAGUCUGGUGAUGCCACCUUUGCUACUGUAGUGGUGGAGGUGUUAUCUGAAGGACAGUCAAUCCCUCUUAGCCCACUGGAAAAUGGCCGCCAGAUAGGCUGCACUGUGGGCAAAGCAUUUUUCCUGAGCAUGGUGUUCAUGACUGUAUUUGGAUGUAUCCUGUCUGUGGUGAUGUGGCUGAAGAAGAAACAUAAGGGAAAGAGGGACCCCUUGGAGAGAGGCUGUGUGGCCCAGGGCAAACACCCCAAUGUGAGCUUACGGUGGUUCCAACUGGCUAGUCACCGUAGCGGCAUGCCUCAUACAGAGGAAGUACCACACAACAAUGAAGAAUAUGGAACCUACAAUCCUUCCUUCAGCUUCACAGACAACCCUAGCACCUACACCCACCAAGACCUCCCCUCCUGCCGAGGACCUGUUCCACCCAGUACGGCCGCUGCACAAGACACCAGCUUCAUCCCCAUUGAAACUGCACACAGCCCUGUGAUCUUCAACAAUAAUGCUACUACACCGACCAAAAGCUCCUCUAGUUCCCCUCAACUGGCCACUGAGGAUGGAAGCACCACACAUAAAGCUCAAGAUGCAGCUCCAUUUAAAAAAAACCCUGGCUCACUAACUGAUAUAUCCCUUGACCGUGCUGAGGCACUAUCUCCCACCAGUCCUAUCCCUGCAACCCCUGAUGCCACCAGCACUUCCCCGUUUGCCAUUCGCCCUGAUUCACAAACUACACAAACAACCCCCAACGAUGACCCUGCAGACCCUGCCGAUCCUGUCACCAGCCCUUCAUCUCAGUCCAGUAUUCCCUGCAGUCAUACCCGAAUUGCUUCAGCAGAAAUAGACAAACCCUUUCGGAAAGCUCGUGUGAAGACACCCCCAUAUUCGCCUCUACUAUCCUCACCCCUCAACAAGACAGACACACCCCCACCCACCCCAGAGAAUGCACCUUUAAAAGCCAAGGUUGUACUUCUAGAUACGUCUCCCCUUGAUACACCUCCAGUAACACCAGAGCGUACAACUAUGAUUACAACCACAGAGUUAGAGCCACCUUCCACAUCACUGGACCACACAGAGAAGUCAGAGCAUCCAGAUGGGGCUGCAGACGCCGGCAGUCCAUCUCAGGACAGAAGGCCCUUGACGAACACUGGAAACACACAGGACAGCCGGGGGGCGGGGGUUGUGGCUGUUGAGCGUUUUCUAGGAGAUGAAAAUGCAGACAAGAACGAUGAGGAUAGUGACGAAUUAUCGGCAGAAGACGAAGAGCUGCUGAGAGUGUUGGCUCGUUGUAAUCCAACUUUUAUCACAUUUAGUAAGAACUGA